UAAUUAAAAUAACUUAUUUAAAGGAGAUGGUUUUGGGUUCAGAGAUAAUAAUACUAGCAGUAGUAGUAGCAGGAGCAGGAGCAAGAAUAGCAUUCGUAGAAUGGAAAAAAAGGAAGAGCGUAGAAGGAAAGAAUAGAAAGGUUAAGACGCAAAGAAGAUUGAGUGAUCGAUUUUAGGAGAUAUGCUGAGAACUCAAGGCUAGAACUCCCUCCUGGCUGGGAAAAUGUAUGUAGUACUUAUGGAGUAAAAUGGGAAGACGAAGAGGAAAUAAGGGAAGGAGAAGAGACUUGUGAGGAUGAUCUGAGCAUUUAUGCAAGAGGGAUUAAAAAUAUAAAAAGAGAUUGAUUCGUAAAUGCCUUGCUUCAAUGCUUUCUUGGGAUGCCUGACUUCUGUGAUAAGAUCAGAAAAGAGGCUGCAAAUAAAGGUACAUGAAGAGAAGAGGAGGAAAAAUGUGAUGAUGUUAAUGAUUGAGAGAACGCCCUAGAGGAUAAUUCAGUGUUGAAGAUCCUUUCAAAAUUUAUUAGUAAAUAUGAAGUAGAUAGCCAUGAAGUAGUCAAUGGCAGAUUUUUAAGAAGAUAUUUUGAAGAAGAAUUUCCAAGUUACCAACAGCACGAUGCAAGACAGUUUUUCAUGGCUCUUUUUGAAGCUAUCCAAUUGGAACAAAAUCCUUCGAAUGAAAAAUUUAUUCUAUUUAAAAAAGACGAAUUUAGAGAAGACUCAAAAAUAACCUCAGUGUGUUACCAUUCAGUUAUUGAUGAAUUCUUCAUUGGGGUUUAUGAAACAAAAUUCUGAUGCAACUCUUGAAAUGCUGAGACUAAGGUUCUUGAAGAGUUCAACCAUGUUCCAUUAUACCUAACUGUUGGCGCUCAUCCACAAGAAAGUUUUAUUAAUUUUUUAGAAAGACCAACACAAAAUAACUCUGUAAGGAUGAAAUGUAGUUCCUGCAAAAAAGAAUCAGAAUUCGGUACUACAACAAGAAUAGCACGCUAUCCAAAGUACCUGAUCUUCGCUAUUGAGAGGAUAGAUUCAUUCCAUCGCAGAAAAAUCACUGACUUUUGUGAUUACCCAGUAGAAUUUAUUCAGAAGUAUCCAGAUGGCUCUGAAAAUAUCAAAUAUAGGCUUCAUAGUACAAUUUCUCAUUCAGGUAGCCUAAAUUCAGGACAUUACACUGCUAUUUCUAAGAGAAGCGAAGGAUGGAUGUAUUUUAAUGACAGAAAGGUUAAAGAUCUAACCAGAGACGAAUUAAAAAUUGGAGGUGAGACUGUCUUGAUCUACAAAACAGACAGUAAUUAAUUUGGAGAUUUAGUUCAAGCUGUUAUGAUGA